AUGCGAAUCAACAUUUUGUCCUUCGGGUUGGCCUUGAUCUGUCUCGGCACCGUAACGUCAACUUUGUCGGAUGCUAAAGCACCACGACAAUUACCAGCCAAGAAACGCCCUCGCGGAUGCGAUUGCUACACAAUAUCUGGGCCCGAUCCAGGAUACUUCCAGCAUUACAAAGUCUGGGACUUUCGGGCAGUGGAUCUAAAGAAACAUGCCAAUCUCAACCUAUCAGAGCCCAUCGAUUACGGCGACGAGGACUGGGAUGAUGAUGAUGAGGGUGAGGGCCAAGACCUAGACAAUGGCCAGCUCUCACCUGGAGCCCAUGAUUCCAAGGACCCGGACCCCAGAUCACUGGUGUUUUACAAAACCUCCUUUGAGAGAGACUGGAGCAGUCAGAACUGGGAACGCCGGGCCACCCCCAGAGCCCCGGUUCCCAUGGUAAAUUCGAAGCAUAACGUCUUUCUCACCCGGGACCAUGAGCAACGUGAUCCUCAUGCGACGUAUCUUGUUUUGCGCACCACCCGAUUUUCAGAAUACACCUCCACCGCGGAGAUUGAGACUCGCGUACACAACAUCUACCGGUGCUCGUUGCGUGUCCGGUUUCGUUUAUUACCGGCUGGCUCUAUCAUAUCGCAACCCCCUCAGCCUCAAGAAUGGCCGUCACGGGAUCCAAAAAGACAUCCCACCGUGCUCUCGAAUAAGACGAUUCCGAUUCCGCUGCGUGAUGGCAGGCCACUUAACGGUGCUUGUGCUGGCAUCUUCACUUACCAUGAUCAAACCUGCGAAUCAGACAUUGAAAUUCUAACGCGGGACCCAUCCCAUCGCGUGCACUAUGCCAAUCAGCCUGACUACGAUUUCACUCAUGAUCGAGAGGUCCCUGGUGCGAGUACCAUUGCCGAUGUACCUGUCCCAUGGACAACGUGGUCCACACAUCGCCUUGACUGGCUUUCGAACAUGUCGCGCUGGUAUGUCAACAAUCGGAUACAGGAUGCCAAAUCAUACAGAGUUCCCGAUAUGGGGAGCAUGAUUGUUAUCAAUCUCUGGAGUAACGGUGGACUCUGGACUGGCGACAUGAAAAUUGGCGAUAGUAUAUACAUGGGCAUCGAAUACAUCGAGCUGAUCUACAACCGUUCUUCUGAUGCUUCCAGGGGAUUUUACAUGUCUCCUUCGCAAAAUCAUGGUGGCCAUCAAAAGACUCCCCCCACAAACGAUUCUCUUGGCGAUGGGAAAUCAUUGGAGCUAGAUAGAAAUGACGAGAAGUGCAAACCAGGGAGGCAGGGCCGCGAAUGCAGGAGAAAGAAGUGGAGGAACAGGCCUCUUAAUGAAUUUUGUCGGAGACCAUGCAACAUUGAUGAACUUUGA